AUGCAAAGAAUCGUCGUCACCGACAAAGAUGGCGUUGAAGUGCUGAAGGCCGGAGACAAGCUCGAUCACGAUCCUUCUGCCACAUCGAUCAUCACCACCAUCUUCUCGCAGACGGCGCAGCAAAGCGAGAAGGUGGCAGGUCUGGGCAAGACCCAGAGCAUUCUGCUGACUUACGACAAGUGCUAUGUGCUUCAGGUUGGUAUGGAAAUGCUGGUGAUCAGCAUUCUCGCCAGCAGAGAUGCAAAAAUUGGCCCUAUCAUGGCCCUCGUGCCAUCGUUGAAGGCUCCGGAGCUUCGGACGCUCGACGAUGUUUUACAGUUGAAAAAGAAGGCAGAUUUUGUGGCUGCCUGGCGCACUGGCUCGGUGCCUGCCGACUACCGGGGAAAAGGCUACGAUGGCUACUUGCUUUCCUUGGGAGUUCUGGCUCCCAUGACGUUCUUCAUAACAAACGUCCUUUUCGGUCCCUUCGACAUCUGGCGCGGCAAGGCAUUUCAAAAAGAUGGACGUGCAGGCAGCAACCGCUUUGGAAGCUUCGAAAGGCGUGGCUUUGCAGCCAGGGUUGCAGCUUCGCAGCUGGACGACCGACCGGCACUCGUCCUGGAUUACGGCGAUCCUGAGCUACGAAGCUGCAAUCACGUAAGCAAAACAGGCAAGAAUAGGCAAGACACAUCGGUUUCGGCCAUGGUCUCUCCAGGGUUUUUGAUGUCAGCCCAGGCACGGCGAUGUGACGUCACAACCUCCGGUGACAUGCAGAGGGUCCAAGUUCUGCAUUCUGUACAGGUGCCACCGCUUCAGAAUGCCAGGCAGAUUAACAAUGCUGCAUACUGGCCACCCGUUCAGACGAUCGGAGCCAAAAAGACUCCGCGAUCUCGAUCUCCACCGGAAGAUGUGAAGCUUUCGGAUUUCGAGAUGCUGGACGGACAAGGAGGCCGGUCGCUGGGCAAGGGCUCCUUCGGUGUCGUGCGACGCAUCCGGCGCAAGGGAACUGAUGAUGUCUACGCGCUCAAGACGAUGCAGAAAGCAGAGGUGGUCAACGGUCAACUGGUGGAGCAGGUGGAAAGGGAGAUCCAGGUCCAGCGGACUUUAAAGCAUGAGAACGUGCUGCGACUCUACAAGCACUUCGAGGACGAAGACACGGUCUAUUUACUCCUGGAGUACUGCGCGAAAGGGGAGCUGUAUCAGCUUCUCCGGACGCAGAAGGGACGCAAGUUCAGCGAGCAGAUGUCCAAGCAUUUUUUCGUCCAGUUGGUCCGCGGGCUGAAGUACCUCCACUCGCACCAAAUCGUCCACAGAGACUUGAAGCCGGAGAACUUGCUGGUCACGCACGACGACGUGCUGAAAAUUGGAGACUUCGGAUGGUGCGCUGCCACGAACGUGCUCCGAACUACGUUUUGUGGAACCAUGGACUACUUGGCCCCAGAGAUGAUCCAGGGAAGUGGGCACAACCACACCCUCGACAUCUGGAGCGUCGGCAUCCUGCUGUACGAAAUGAUGGUUGGGCGUCCGCCCUUUCAAAGCACCAACCACACGAUGUUGAUCGACAGGAUCCUGAAGAUUGCCAUCUUCUUUCCGCCUGGCUUGCCUCCGCUGGUGGUGGACCUCGUGCGGCGCCUGCUUAAGCGGGACCCGGCGCAGCGCCUGCCACUGGAACAGGUGCUGAGGCAUCCCUGGGUCGUCGGCACCAGCGGCGCUGCUACACCGCCUUCCGAUGCACCAGUCUCCAAGUCGGAGUGCCUGGAGGGAGACAGCAGCUGCCUUCCCAGCCCGGCACCCCGCCUUCGAGCGGCACGGGGGCGACAAGCAAGCACUUGCCGCUGCAGAAAAAUGGCCGCGUUCCUUCGUGCGAGAAGGUGCGAAACAUGGCCUCGCCACGCCACCGGGCAUCAGGAGAAGCACAGACAAACGAACGAUCUGCAGCCUCCACGCCCGUGCUUGUCAUCUGCCGCGGCACCAGUGCAGCCACAGGGCUCGCCCGUGCUGUCCACGCCCAAGAUGCCGCAGCGCUCCGAACAGGCUGCCCGCAAGCCUGCGUGGCCGACACAAGCAAGCGGCUACCAGGCGCACCGGCCUCUCGCCAGCCCCACUGGAACGCCGGUGCUCACACGUCGAGGAGUUGCUCCGGUCUCGGGGUAUCCCGGCAAUAGCUUUGCCGCCACAAGGGCAGCGGCCCAGAACCUCUCGCCACCAGCCCCAGCGGCCCGUGCUGUGGGAGGUGAAGCGUCCACAAGGCAGUCUCGACGUCAAAGUCCUGAUGCACGUACGAAUGGGACGCUACCUCAGCGACAUUCCACAUCGCUCCGGCCUUCCCCGUCACCAGCUCCCAUGUCAUUCUGUCCGCAGAUGAUGCCGAAGUGA